AUGGUGCUUCUAACAGCAACACCAACAACACCAACAACACCAACAACACCAACAAACACCAACAACACCAACAACAACACUGUGGAUGCCUCGGACAGUCUUGUUGAGUGUGCCAUGGGUGUUCAGUGGAAGAAAUCGAAGACAAAAGCUAUGCUCAGAGCCAACAUCUUGAUCAAGAACAUCACAGCCGAAACGAACCUUCGAGAGCUCUAUGACAGCAUGCCACAGUACAAUCAGUGGCCAUGGCAGCAGUUCAGCCGAAACACCAAGUCAUUGAUAACUUCUUGCAACAACCCCAACAGCAAGUCGCCAAAAUGGAAGAACAGUCCAGCCAGAGAACAGCUCAGAGCUGAUGUCAUCUCUGGAAAAGUCAAUGAUUCCAUGGAUCCAAGUGAUGUCCAUGCGAGCAGACUUGAAUAUCAGCAGUACGCACUCAGCAAUUUUACAGGGUAUUUGGAGACCAUGAUUAAAUCGAUCCUUGCAGAUUUUGAAAGGAUGGCCGUGGACUGUGAAGCAUACGGUCAUGACAUUGCAAUCAUCCACCAAAGGUGGGAGGACAAUGCACCCACAACACAGAGGCCUUGGCACAGAACAAUCUGCCCGAAAAAGCUGAAAGAAGAUGUUGAUACUGGAAAACAUUUGGUGAUCGACCGUGAUACUGGAAAGAAAAUCUCGGCCAAGAAGCUUCGUCAGUCGAGACACUGCUACAAGGAGUUCGAUCUCAAAGUUUUUCGCAAACAUCUUUAUCAAGAGAUUGACAAAAGGGGCAAAGUGGAUGUUCGCAUGUCAAAAAAGCGAUUUAGGAUCAAACCUCCACCUGAUGUUCAAUUUGAUGUUGUUGGCAAUGAACCUAAGCGUACGAAAACUACAGCAGUUGUCUAG